AUGAGAUUCAUAUGUUUAAAAGCAAGAAAGGAUGGUAGAAAAUGUUUAUUUAUUAAGAUACUUAAGAAUGAUAAGUUGGAGAUGUUAGACAUUGAUAAAAUCGGCGCUUGGAAUCGCAGAGAAUUAACACUAAAAUCUGCAAGUUUAAAAGUAUACUUUGUUAAUGUCAAAAAUGCAUUGAUUUCACCAGAUGCACCAAAUGCAUUAGAAUUAUCAACUGAUAAAUUAGUUAGGGAAAGAAUUGAUGCGCUAUGA